AUGUUUGCUUCACUUUUCCCCAAUUUGCAACUUCUUGAUUUGACCCGUUGCUCUGGCAUUACUGAACAUGGUAUCGGCCAAGUUUUAAGGACAUGUCGGAAGAUUAGACAUUUAAACCUAUACAACUGUCCAAAACUCACGUCUCUUGGAAUCAACUUUGAACUUCCCAACCUUGAGGUCUUGGACUUGACAAAUACAAGACUCAGCGAUGAAGCACUCUGUGUAAUCACAAUGAGCUGCCCCGCCCUUUUGCAUCUCUCGCUGUUACUUUGUAAGGAGAUCACCGACAAGGGAGUCAUGGAUGUCGUCAACAACUGCACAAAACUCAGAGAGAUCAAUUUGCAGGGUUGUCUUAAAGUGCAUGCCAACGUUGUUGCAUCAAUGGUGUUAUUAUGCCCAUCCUUGAGAAAGAUAGUUGCUCUGCCCGAUUUUCCUUUGAACUACAGAACUAGGAAAUUCUUCUCGCCUUAUGGAUGCCUUCUUGAAUGA